AUGUCCCUUAGAAGCAUCCACACUAUACUUCCUACUCGUCGCAGAAUGUUCGGAUCAGUCUACAAUUACGUGUUUGGCGCCCGCCACGCCGAACAAAAACAACCUUUCGGCACCUCCAACAAAAGCUUGGAUCCCGACGUCGUCAGCUCGUUCCAUCCGCGGCUCUCCACGGUUUUCCAGCAGUUGGACUCGCUUGCUCCCCGUUUCACAGUCAAGGGCUCCAGUAUCCACGUUCUCACCCUGCCUGCGGAAUUCUACGCUACCCUCAAAAGCAAGAUCGCCUCGGCCAAGUCGCGCAUUUUCUUGAGCUCGCUCUACGUGGGCAAGACCCAAGACGAGUUGGUGGAGUGCUUAUCGGAGGCCUUGAGCAAAAGCGAGGACUUGAAGGUGUACUUGCUCACAGACGCACUCAGAGGUACCCGAGAGGCGCCGCAACUGGCAUGUCUGGCGCUGUUGCUUGUUGGCUUGGUGGAGAAAUACGGCAAACAUAGAGUGGACAUUCGAAUGUACCACACGCCGCAUUUGCACGGCUUCAAGAAGAACUUGGCGCCUCGAAGACUCAACGAAGGCUUUGGCUUGCAGCACAUGAAGUUGUACGGGUUUGACGACGAAAUCAUGUUGAGCGGGGCCAACUUAUCCGAAGAUUACUUCACCGACCGCCAAGAUCGCUACUAUCUUUUCCAUGACAAGAAGUUGACCGACUACUACUUUGACAUCCAGAAGGCCAUUUCCAGCUUGUCGUACCAACUUCUCCCCACAACGAAGCCUAAGGGCUUCCAGAAUUUCCGCUUGUCGUGGCCGUCGUCCAACAAGUCGUGUGAGCCCGACAUGAAUUUGCACCGCUUCAUUAGCGAUCUGUCCUAUUUAUUAGAGCCCUUGUUGAAGCAGCAUUCCCUCGGCACUUUUGAGGAGUACACCGACACAGACGACUUUGACACAAUCAUCUAUCCUGUUUCUCAGUUCACGCCUCUCUUCAAGAAAAACGAAGAUGCAUCAACGGAAAAACCAGCAGUGUUGCGUAUUUUGUCGUAUCUUGACUCGCCCAAAAUCCGCUGGUGGUUUACUGCUGGCUACUUCAAUAUGCUUCCCCAAAUUCAGGAGCGCUUACUAAAUGGCCAGGCACAAGGUUCUGUAAUCACGGCUUCGGCUAAGGCAAACUCUUUUUACAAAUCUUCGGGGGUGUCAUACUACCUUCCCGAAGCCUAUCUCUUGAUUGCGAAGAAGUUUUUGGAAGAAAUUGAAAAAAGAGGCAAGGCCCACUUGAUAAAGCUAUUUGAGUGGCAGAAUGGCAUUGUGAAUACUCCAGGAGGAUGGUCAUAUCAUGCAAAGGGAAUUUGGGUUACGUCUCCCGAUGAAGAAGAGCCCACUAUAUCGAUCAUAGGUUCUUCCAACUUUACUAGAAGGGCAUACUCUCUAGAUUUGGAGAGUAAUGCUGUCAUCAUCACCAAGAACCAAAAUUUGAAAAAGCAAAUGCGGGCAGAAAUAGACAACUUGAUGAAGCACGCUCAUGAGUUGAAAUCGGAAGACUUCAAGCCACGUCUCGUGGAGAAUGCUGAGCAGGAAGUUAAACUCGAUGCUCAGGGAAAACCUGUUGCUCCGCCUCCAGUUUAUGCCGUCCAUGAAGAUAGGCAAAUCAGCUAUGGCGUUCAUUUGGCUUUGAAAUUGUUUGGUGGGAAGCUCUGA